UGCAGGCGGAAGUGGGCGAAUUUGAAUCUUGUGGGCCGUUGGAUGGCGUAGCUCGAGGGUGGCGUGUGGCGCAGCGCGAGAAGGGAGAAGUGACACCGCCGCUGUGGAACUUCUGCCCAGCGCGCCUCGUAAAAUGACUGAAAGUAAACCUGGAGGCUCACAGAAUCCCACUUGUGUUUUCUGUCGAAAAAAUGAUGACUGUCCUAUUAAAUAUGGAGAAAAGAAAACUAAUGAGAAAUGGAAUCUCACUGUACAUUACUAUUGUUUGUUGAUGUCAAGUGGAAUUUGGCAGAGGGGUAAAGAAGAAGAAGGAGUUUAUGGUUUUCUAAUAGAAGAUAUCAGGAAAGAAGUGACUAGGGCUUCUAAACUGAAAUGCUGUGUUUGCAAGAAAACUGGUGCUUCAAUUGGAUGUGUCGCACCCCGAUGUAAACGAAGUUAUCAUUUCCCAUGUGGACUUCAGAGAGAAUGUGUUUUCCAGUUCACUGGCAAUUUUGCGUCAUUUUGUUGGAAUCAUCGACCUGUUCAAAUAAUUACAUCUAAUAAUUAUAGAGACUCCCUACCAUGCACCAUUUGCUUGGAAUUUAUUGAACCUAUUCCAACUUAUAGCAUAUUACGCAGUCCUUGUUGUAAGAAUGCUUGGUUCCAUAGAGACUGUUUACAGGUUCAAGCAAUAAAUGCAGGAGUGUUUUUCUUUAGGUGCACAAUAUGCAAUAAUAGUGAUAUAUUUCAGAAAGAGAUGUUGAGAAUGGGAAUUCAUAUUCCUGAAAAAGAUGCAUCUUGGGAAUUAGAGGAAAAUGCAUAUCAAGAGCUUCUGCAGCACUAUGAGCAUUGUGAUGUCCGAAGAUGUCGUUGCAAAGAAGGACGAGACUGUAACGUGCCUGACAGCAAAUGGGAAAUAAAGCGCUGUCAGUGUUGUGGUUCUAGUGGAACACAUUUAGCCUGUUCCUCACUACAAUCAUGGGAACAAAAUUGGGAAUGUUUGGAAUGUAGAAGUAUUCUCUACAAUUCAGGUGAUUUCCAAAAAGCCAAAAAACACACAUUACCCACCAAUAAUGUGGAAAUAACUGAUUGUUUGUUGGAGGAAUCCUCACCUAAAUUACCCAGACAGUCACCUGGAGCCCAGCGUAAAGAUCUGCUAAGGCAAGGCAGCAAAUUUAGAAGAGAUAUUCCUACUCUAAUAAUAGAGUUAGGAUUCCAAAUUAAAAAAAAAACUAAAAGAUUAUUUAUCAACAAAGCCAAUAUCUGGAAUAGUGCCUUAGAUGGAUUCAAAAAUCAAAACUUUAAUCCUUCAUAUACAAUUGAAAUAGUAUAUAUUAAUGAAAAUGAUCGUUUUGGAAGAGAGCAGCCUGGAUCAAAGCAAGAAUUCCUAAGUCUCUUAAUGCAGCAACUUGAGAACUCACCAUUAUUUGAAGGGUCCCUGUCAAAGAACUUGUCUCUAAAUUCUCAAGCUCUGAAAGACAAUCUUUACUUUGAAGCUGGCAAAAUGCUUGCCAUUUCUUUGGUUCAUGGUGGUCCUUCACCUGGUUUCUUUUCAAAAACCUUAUUUGACUGCCUUGUUUAUGGACCAGAAAAUACCCAACCAGUUUUAGAUGAUGUCUCAGACUUUGAUGUGACACAGAUUAUAAUCAGGAUAAAUACUGCAGUAACUGUGGCUGACUUAAACUCUUUAGUAAAUGAAUAUUUUAACUACCUAGAGCUUAUUGGAUGUCUAAGACUUAUAACAUCAUUAAGUGAUAAAUAUAUGUUGGCAAAAGACAUACUUGCUUAUCAUGUAAUUAAGAGAGUCCAAGUACCGUUUGAAAGUUUUAAACAGGGUCUGAAAACUCUUGGUGUUUUGGAGAAAAUUCAGACUUAUCCAGAAGCAUUUCGUAACAUCUUCUGUCAUAAACCUGAGAAUCUUUCUGCAGAAAUUCUUAGUGAUCUUUUUACAGUACACACAUUAUCUGACGUACAGGCUUUGGGGUUUUGGAACAGUUACUUACAGGCUGUUGAGGAUGGUAAAUCUGCAGUAACAAUGGAAGACAUUCUUAGUUUUGCUACUGGUUGCAAUUCCAUUCCACCUGCGGGAUUUAAACCCACUCCAUCAAUUGAGUGCCUUCAUAUGGAUUUUCCUGUUGGAAACAAGUGUAAUAAUUGCUUAGCUCUGCCUAUCACCAGUACAUAUAAAGAUUUUCAAGAAAAUAUGGACUUUGCCAUAAAAAAUACUCUAAGAUUAGAAAAGGAAGAAAAUUCUCACUUCAUUGGACAUUAACUGUUUUGAACAAA